CAUGAAGAUUUUUCCCUUUCAAAAAGGGUAAAAAGCAUUAAAAACUGUUUCCCUUUCCUCUAUGUUAUUGUUUUGCAAAGGCCUCGUCGGGAGCCAAUGUUGAACACCUGUCUAAGGGUGCAAUUUCGCCACCAAUCAGCUAAUUGGAUGCUGGCAUUUUGCGUCUGGCCAUAAAACUUUUCACCGUGUAUUCAAAGGCUGAACGUUUGCACAAAUCCGCUAUCAAGAAUUUUAAAAAUAAACUGAAUAUACACUGACUAUAGCAUUUAACAUGUUCCGUUCCACCUCAUUUAAUCGUGAUUUUCUACCAGUCUCAUAUUCUCUGACAUUUUUGUUCGCUUACAUGUCACAGUCUGUCCUUCACAGCUAAACAAGGAGAAUUUAAAGUGUAACAGUCGAUAUUAAAAAGAACUCGAUGGUGUAUAUAAAAGUGAGAUAUUUAGGAAUACAUUUCUAAUGACUUACGAUGCAAUGAAAAUGAACAGAUAUGAUGAUUCAUAAAGUAUGUUCACUUUGUCUCUCUUAAUUCCCAGCUGCUACAUCGAACAUUUCAAUCACGUGUCGAUCUAAACGUUACUUUCAGUAAUUGCGUCUCAAUACAGGAUAGGACAACAUGUCUUAUAUUGAAUUUAAAAUUUACGCUAAAAUUUGAAUGUAAGUGAGGAAUAUUCAUUGACUUAACUACUUUCACGUACGAUGUCUCUUAUUGACUUAGCUAUUUACACAUAUGGCGUAUCUCAUUGAUUCAGUUACUUACCCGCACGGUGUCUCUGGCGCUCCGGAUGACUUGACGAUGUAGUUUACACACGUUUCAGAUGCUAAAAUAAAUAAAUAUAAAUAAACCGGGAAGACGUACGCAAAUCAUGACGUCAACGUCAAUUUUCGCGGCAGCGACGUGUGAUUGCAAAACAAAAUGGCGACGUCCGUCUCCUGGAAUGACAUACCGGAUAUUGCUCUCAUCUCUAUUUACUCCAGUCUUUUGGAUAAAGACAAGCUGAAUGUCGCAUGCACUUGUAAAAACUGGAACAGAUUAUUUUCCACCGCGAAAUUAUGGAGGCACAGGCGGGUUGUUUUUGAUGCCAAAUGUUCUGAGGAAACUGCUGAAAGAGAGAUAAAGUUUUUGAACAGGUUUGGGCACUGCCUUAACAGACUGACUUUAAAUCUUGGUAGACCAACAUUUAAGAGUUGUUUAUCAAUAUCAAAAUCACUAGAGUGCUAUUUGAAACGUUUAUGUGGUUGCAAUGACAUCAGUAUCCGGGAAUUGGACUUGGAGAAUUUGCACAUGGAGCAACACUGGCAUUUCAUCCUUUCUAGGGGCAGAGUGGUAACGUCCCUGUGUAAAAUGAUAAGGAGGCAGAAGUUUCUGGAAGCUGUUUAUAUGGCUGGAGCAAGAGCUAGACUAAUGGAUGGAUGUAGAAUACUAGAUGCUCUUGCAAAAGGUCGAGCAAGAAAUACAAUCAAGUCAUUAUACAUGGAAGACUUUUUCGAAACGAACAUGUUUCCAUUUCGGUGUCCGCGUUACGUGAACGCAAUGUCUAAAUUUUUGGCGUUAGAAGAACUACAUAUAAACUACAGAUAUAUUAGUGCGGAAAUUCUAAGGAAUAUCGCCAAUACAUUAUCCCGACAUUUUCACAACUUAUCUGUUGUUCUGGAAGGUGAUGUUAGGGGAAUAGAAAUCCAGCCAGACGCUUGGAUGGAGUUUGCAGAAAAGUGCCCCUUAGCGGAUGUAGGUGCAUAUCUUUGCACAACUAUUUUGAGGGGAAACGAUCUGCGAUCAGCUUUUGUUAGAGGGAUUCCUCUAAAUCAGCUAUAUCUUACAUCCUGGGCAAGAAUAGAUGAAACAGAACAAAGACUGUCUAUAUUUCUAAGGCACCUGGGAAAUAUGUACAACACCACUCUCGAGAAUUUUGCAAUGUUCUUUGAACAUCACGAACAUAUUGACGCGGACCUAUUGUACAUGUUAAGGAAAUGCCGUCAAAUCAAAGAUCUGUGUAUACAGGCCCGUCUGUCGGCGGAUACAGUGGUAAACAUAAUGACACUCCAGCACCAAGGAAAACUGUCUCUACGGUCUAUAAACCUGACAAUCCCUGGCUUAUCAAGCGACGACUGGCAUCAAAUCGACCAAGAAAAGGAGAGACUACUAACGAAUGUAACAGACUUUGCUCAUAUUGGCCCGAACGAAUUCGGAUCAAGCAUUGGCGGAAGUACAAUCACUAUAGAUGGUGUGGGUCCAGCAGACGAAAUUCCAGACGGCGGCGACGAUGGCGCCAUCUUUAAUUUCCAAAAUAUCGAUGUCAAUGUGGAAAUUUCAGACGACGAGAACGAUAUAUUUCAACCACCAGCUCUGGAUCACGAAGAUGACGACGAUUUUCUUAUGUGAGAUAUGCAGAACAAAGGACAAUAUCUCUGUUUUGGCGAUGUUAAAAGAUAUUCCAUUUAUUUUAAUAAUAUGACAUGUGCUGUAUGAGACGGUGUAGGCCAUAGUACAGAGAAAUGUGUAUAGACGCUGUUCUAUCUAAAUCUAUGUAAACGUUAUACAGAAACAGGAAAUAGAAAUAUAAGUAUCGGAAUCUUCACCUAUUAUCGUAGGUGUUGAAAAAUUAAUACGACAUGUUAUAUAUCAGAGUUUCUAGGAUUCUGUGCUUUUCUUUACGUAUAGUUAGUUCCCUACUGGUUGAAAUCCGGUUUCAGGGACUACAGGAAUGCGCUUUUACGUCUGCCCAUAUGUCGAUCCGUCUGUCCGUCCGUACUUUCGUGUCCGGUCAAUACCUCUGUCAUCCAUCAAGGAAUUUUAAUAUUACUUGGCAAAAUGUUUCCAUAAUGAGACGACAUGUCAUGCACGAAAAUUGACCACUAGCUCAAACACCAAUGUCACAUUUGGAGGUCAAAGGUCAAUAGGGCUUUUAUCAAAUCCGCUCUGUAACUCAACCAUCCAUCAAAGAAUUUUUAUAUUAAUAAUGUUCCCCAUGAUAAGACAAUGUGUCAAGCAUAGCCUCCAGAUCCCAAGCUUAAAGGUUAAGGUCUCACUUAGAGGUCAAAGGUAAACAGAAAUUACAAGGUAUAUUUCUUAUCCGGUCUAGAACUCUGUCACCCUUUGAGGGAUUACUUGGCAUAAAUAUUUCCCAUAAUCAGACAACGUCUUGUGCAAAAUCCAGACACAUAGCUCAAACGUCAAAGUCACAUUUGGAGGCCAAAGGUCAAUAUGGCUUUUUCCAGUCCGGUCUGUAAGUCAACCCAUCAAUCAAAGGAUUUUAAUGCUACCCAGCACUAAUAUUCCCCAUACUAAGGCGACGUGUCUUGAACAAUCCCAAUCACCUAGCUUAAAGUCAAGGUCACUCCUAGCGGUCAAAUGUCAAUAGGCUUUUUUUGCUGCCUCGGGCCAAAACUCUGUCUUCAAUCAAGGGAUUUUAGUUCCAUUUGACACAUAUUAUGUCCGCAAUAAUGAGAUGAAAUGUCGUGGGCAAUACACAGAUCCUUUACUCAAAUGUCAAGGUCAAACUCAGAGGUUAGGGUUCAGUAGGUUUCUUUUCUGUUCUGUCUAUAACUCUGUCAUUCAGCGAGGGAGCUUAGUAUUUCUUGGUACAAACAUUUCCCAUACUCAGACGACUUGUCAUGCGCAAUACUCUAGCUCAGAGUUCAAGGUCACACUUAGAGGUCAAAUACAAUAGGUUUUUUCUCUGUCCGGUCCAUAACUAUGUCAUCCAUUAAGCGAUUUAAUAUUUCUUUCUGCAAAUGUUCUCCAUAAUUAGACGACUUGCCAUGCGCAAUAUCCAGACCCCUAACUCAAAAGCCAAGCUCUCACUUGAGAUCAAAGAUCAAUAGGUCUUUUCCUUGUUCGGUCCAUAAAAUGAAAGAUUUAAAACUACUUGGCACAAAUGUUCCCGUAAUGAUGCCAUGCGCAACGCUCAGACCCCUAGCUCAAAGGUCAAAGUAACACUCUGAGGUCAAAGGCCUGUAAAGGUUUCUUUCUGUCCGGUCCAUAAUGCAUCCAUGAAAGGAUUUUAGUAUUACCUGGCACAAAUGUUCCCCAUAAUGAGAUGAUAUGUCAUGCGCAACAUCAAGAUUCUUCGCUCAAUGGUCAAGGUCACACCUGGAGAUCAAAUGUCAACAGUGAGUCUGUAAAAUAUUUUAAGUCACUUUUCAUGUCCUGUCUGUAGCUUCUUUGUCCGUCUAUGGAUAUUUAGAUAACUUUGUAUCAAUAUUCUACAUAACAUGCCCCUGUGUCAUAUAGAUCCAGUUGUAGGUGUAUUUUCUUCAGAAUUACUUCCCUUUUACAUAUUUUCACUUUUUUCCCCACAAAUUUUAAAGUUAUUCAUUUAUUUUUCAUUUUUAGAUGUUAUAAGCAAUUAACAACUGUAGAUUUUUAUAUAUGCAAAUUUUAAUCAAAACUGUGUGCGAUGUAAUGUGUUAAAUAUUAUGGAUAUUGCAUGGUAUUUCUUCACAUCGAAUUCAUUUAUCAAACGAGUUGAAUAAAAUGAUAAAAUGUGAGGCACUGCCGAGUA